GAAGCCGGUGGAACUCCAUGCAGCUGCACCUGUGGAGUCUGUGGGCUGGGACUCCACCUCCAUGGGCUGAGCCGCAGGGGCGCGCCGGGGCACACCAUGGCGGAGCGCAGCGAGCUGAUGAGCAGGCUGAUGAGCGAGAAUGCGGACCUGAAGAAGCAGGUGCGGCUGCUGAAGGAGAACCAGAUGCUGAAGCGGCUGCUCAACGAGAGCUGCCAGGAGAGCUGCGGCCGCGCCGGCCGGGACCUGCUGUUCCCUAAGGCCCCCGGCUACCCCGAGGCCUGCUCCCCCGCGAGUGCAGUUCCAGAUUUCGGAAGGUUCGCCAGUGUCCCCGACGUGCCCUCCCAGCUGCAGACGUCCUCCCUGGAGGACCUGCUGUGCUCGCAUGCGCCCCUCUCCAGCGAGGACGACAGCUCCCCAGGCUGCGCCGUCCCCUCCCAGGCGCCCUUCAAGGCCUUCCUCAGCCCCCAGGAGCUGCGCACCCCCCGAGACAACGACGGGAUGCUGUCCCCACUCCUGAGCCCCUUGCAGAACUCGCUGGGUGACAAGGCCAUGCUGGAGCCCAGGGGCACAGCCCGGCCCAAGAAGGUGUGCUUCUCGGAGAGCAGCCUGCCCACCGGGGACAGGCCCAGGAGGAGCUACUACCUCAGCGAGAUCCAGAGCUUCGCGGGCACCGAGAAGGACGGGCGCAUCGUUGGGGAGAUCGCCUUCCAGCUGGACCGGCGUAUCCUGGCCUACGUCUUCCCCGGCGUGACGCGGCUCUAUGGCUUCACCGUGUCCAACAUCCCAGAGAAGAUCAAGCAGACCUCCAUCAAGUCCCUGGACGGCUCCGUGGACGAGAAGAAGCUGCGCGAGCUGACCCACCGCUACCUGACGCUCACGGCGCGGCUGGAGAAGCUGGGCUACAGCCGCGACGUGCACCCCGUGUUCAGCGAGUUCCUCAUCAACACCUACGGCAUCCUGAAGCAGCGGCCCGACCUGCGCGCCAACCCGCUGCACAGCAGCCCGGCGGCGCUGCGCAAGCUGGUCAUCGACAUCGUGCCGCCCAAGUUCCUGGGCGACUCGCUGCUGCUGCUCAACUGCCUGUGCGAGCUCUCCAAGGAGGACAGCAAGCCGCUCUUCGCCUGGUGAGCCCGCGGCGCCGCCGCCUUCCCUGCAAUAAACGUGUUUGUUCAAA